AUGCUCCUUCAGGCCCUCUUCCUCCCUCCGAUCAUCUGCUAUACGUCAGGGCCGAUUCCCUAUCUGUACUUGAAAAAAAGCCCAAGCAAGUUUUUCGUCGUUCGACCUGAACAAUCUCCGUUCACGGAGGCCAAACCUUCUGAAUUCAGUCCUCGGGUCAAGUCAAUCAGAUUCUUGCCCAACGCCGCUCCCGAAAAUGAGUUAGAUAUGUUGUUUCAUCGUUCGGAUCCCAGCCUGCGUCGGAAAUUAAAACGUCCUGCGAAGAUAUGGAAUUCGUCUGUCAAGGAUUCAUCAAGGACAGAAUUUGCAGCGGCAAUAUGCCAGCCGGGUGACAAUUGGCUGCCCCUCCCUGUGAAUCCUUGGCGCGAGCACAGUCGGCUUUCAAAGAUUUACAUUAGAUUCAUUGACCACUUCAAGCGUUUGCAUUUUGGAGUUUUCGAUGGUUCGGAAUAUAUCCGACCUAUCCCUCACAUGUCUCGCCCACAUGCACGAAUGUCCUACUAA